AUGGUCAACUACGACGAACUACAGGUGGACAACAACCACACGACGGACGGUGUCAACGUGGGCGAGUUCCUGGAAGGGCUGGAAGGCAAGCGGCGGGCAAACUUGGGCCUUGUGCCCACAGACGAUGCUGGUGUGAAGGCCAUGCUGAGGCACAUUGGCGAGCCCGUCACGAGGUUUGGGGAGUCUGCUGGGGAUCGCAGGACGAGGCUGCUCGGGCUGAUUGCCGAGAGGAACAUCGAGGUGUCUGCUCUGGCUGAUAAUGACGUUGAGAUGGAUGGCGGUGAGGAGGCUGAUGGUGAUGACGUGCCGGACGAGGAGUUCUACACGCCGGCGAGCGAGGAGCUGGUGGAGGCCAGGAGGUUCAUCGCCCGUGAUGCCCUUGGCAGGAGCCAGAUCAGGCUGGAUGCCCUGAGACUACAAGGAGAGGUGCCCUUUGAGGAGGUUUUGCUCGGUAGAAGAAGCCAGAAUGAGCUAUGUAAACGGUAUGGCCUUGUUGGUUCGCAGCUCAUCUCCACGAGACCUGUGUCCAUGGUGGCAAUCUCACCGCUGGAUAGUGACAGAGUACUCACGGGCUCGUGGGGAGGCGAUGUGAAGCUGCUUAACGGCGAGCUGGACGUGCUGAAGACGUUCGACACCACUGCUUCUCUGGGGAAAGUUGGUGGACUGGCGUGGUCUCCAGUGGACGAGUCGAUAUUUGCAUGUACUGGAGCCAAUGUUCAGCUGUGGAACGCCGAAUCAACGGAGGCUCCUCUGAUGGAGCUGACGAACCAUACAAACCGGGUGGUGAGGUGCCAGUUCCACCCCUCCGGCAGGUUCAUCGCAAGUGCCUCGUUCGACAUGACAUGGAGACUAUGGGAUAUCAACACACAGCAGGAGCUGUUGCUACAAGAGGGCCAUUCAAAGGAGGUCUACACCGUGAGAUUCCACCCAGACGGGUCACUACUGGCCAGCGCAGGCCUGGACGGCGUCAGUCUUGUCUGGGACCUCCGUCUCGGUCAGAUGAUUAUGCCAUUGAAGGGUCAUAUUAAGCCCAUAUACGGCUUGGAUUGGAGUGCCAAUGGUGUGAACGUUGCCACGUCCAGUGCUGAUGGCUCCAUCAAAGUGUGGGACCUGAGAAUGCAGCGUGAGCUCGAGACGAUAGCUGCUCAUUCUAAAGUUGUUUCUGAUGUCAAGUUCCAUAAGAAUCAACUGAUAUCCUCGUCCUACGACAACACUCUGAAGAUAUUCAGCUGCGACAAUUGGUUACCCUUGACUACACUGGAAGGACACUCUGAGAAAGUGAUGUCAUUUGAUGUGUGUGACGAUUACAUUCUAAGCACAGGGUGGGACAGAUCAGCGAAGAAAUGGGUUGUUGACGGAUGA